AUGAAAUUCCUCGUUCUUGGACUCGCUCUCCUCGUUGCCGGUUCAUCGGCUUUCCCCGACAUUCAAGGACAUCAGAGUGAGGGAGAACUGUUUGCUGAGAACCUAAAAAGGGCUAUUGAAGCUUUCCAACGCUACAUGAUCAGAAAUGACCUAGACCCAAUUGUUGUCGCAAGGGCUGACUAUACUAUUGCUCGUUUCCCAUACCUGAACGUCCGACUCUUCGUUGAAGGUCUCAACUUCAGUGGUCUCAGCAACAUCGUCAUCCACACCUUGGACUACUCCAACGUCUUUAGCAGAUUACGUUACGACUUGGAACUCCCUGAACUUGACUUCGUCAUCGCUGACUCCGGUAUCUCUGGCACAGUCGUUUCCAACAACGUCAACGCUAAAUUGGCCGGAAAAUUGACCAUCUCAAACGGUCGCCUUGCUGGAGAGGCUUACGUCCAGGCUAACAUUAUCACCGGUUCUGUCACCAUCACUGAGCUCGUGGCCAACCUUAGCAUCAAGUCAAUUAAGUCUGACAUCACCCUCGAAGUGUUGGACAAUGACCUCAGCGAAUGGCUUAACAACUUACUCAAUGUGAGAAUCCCCAACUUCUUGGAGGACAACGAGAGCGAUAUCAACAGAGUCCUUGCCGGUGUUAUCAGAUCCAUCGCCCAGUUGUACCUCGACAACAGACCAAGACCCGUCGCUUAA